AUGGCCGUGGUGGAGGUGAGCGAAAGGUUGCUCGGCUGGAUAACGGCGCUUAACUGGAGUGCGGAGGUGGGAGCCGAUCUGCUGACGGGUGGUGUGGCCUCUUCCCGAGAGCACAGCGACGGCAGCGGUCCGGGGGUGCCAAUGAUAGGCUACUGGGAGAACUCGCUGAGGAACCUCUCGACCGAGCAGCGCACGGUGUUCACGGUGUUUGCGAUCAUGGUGAUGGUGAUGGCCAUCUUUGGCAACGUCGUCACCAUCAUCACGAACAUACGCCGCGAGCAGCGCCACCUCUUCCGUGUCUGUCUGCUGUCGCUCGCCUUCUCCGACAUUGCCUUCGUGACGGUCACCUCGAUUGUGUAUCUGUCACAGUUCAAUACCGAGUUCAACUCACUUUGGACCCUAGGGGAGCUCAUGUGCACGUUUUCCCCGUUCGUGCAAACGAUGGCGGUGCUGGUCAACAGCAUCACACUGGUAGCGAUCGCCCUCGACCGCUAUAUGGCCGUUGUGCGCCUAAUGAAGGGUACCUGGGAGCCGAACGGAUGGUUCUGCGUCACCUGUGCCGUGCUGAUCUGGGGCCUGGGUGCCGGUAUCUCCAGUCCAAUGCUCACCCUGUACGAGGUGUUCGACAUUGUGGUGCUGACCACGGACUCGCAGCAACCGGGCGCCAUCAUCAACGGCUACUAUAUGGCUUCGAUUUGCGCCACCGAUAAGAGCAAGAACAGCUACUACUUUGCGAUUGUGUUCGUGGUCAUCUUUCUGCCGCUGCUCGGGGCUUUCUGCUGGCUUAACGGUGUGAUUGCGAAGGAAAUCUGGAUCCGGCGGAACCCGAUCGAAGCGGGCAGGAGGAGCAACAAACAGGAGAAGUGUAAGCAGAGCUGCGGAUCGGGACGCGAGACGAGUAGCAACGACAAAAAAACCCUCACCACCAACACAUUACCUCCUCCGAUCGUGGAACGACGCACGCCAGCAUCAGUAUUUACUUCCAAAUGCACCUGUCCGCACCACAACACGACGGCCAUCGUUGGCGAGGAGCCAACCAAAAGUGACACCUCACUCCCGGAAGCCCAGACGAAACCUCAGGCCGGCAACAACGAAGCGUCCGCGAACCGGAGAAAACGUCAACUACGCAUGUUCAAGGCAAUCAUCGUACUGAUGCUGGUGUUUUUCAUCUGCCGGUUGCCGAUGUGGAUUUUCCUGCUGAUUAAAAUGAUCGGCGAGGCGAACACUAGCGCCUACUGGAACCUGCACUACUCGUUCGGUAUCCUUGCGAUGGUCAAUGCGGUGCUCAACCCGCUGAUGUACACUUUUCUCAGUGAAACGAUCCGCUUUACGUUGUUCGUGAAGGCGUACUGUGUGCGUACCUGGAUGGAACCGUGCCGGCGUGGGCUCCACAAGAUCCGUCGUGGCCGAGGGACGAAGGAGCGGAACAGUGGUGGUGGUGAAGGUGCGGAGGCACAACGAGAUGGCGUUAAAGUAAUCGGCAAGGCGGGCAAACAGAGCCGGACGGCCGCAAGUGUGUCGAGUGUGAAUGUGCAGGUGGAGGAAGAGGAGAAGACGGAUCAGCAGUCGGUGGAUGUACGGAAGGGGCGAGGUGAAACCAUAAUUAAAUCGAAAAAGUAA